GGCGGGGUAGGGAAAGGCGGGAGGCCUCCUGGAACGGCGCUGCGACGGCUGGGCGCGGCUCGGGGUGACGGGAGCCUCUGCGCGGGGUGACAGACGGGCAGAAGGUGGCACCGGGGCUGGAGCCCGUGCCCGUCCCGGGAGCGGGCGUGAGCGGCGGAGCCCGCGCGGCGGCCGGGGAACGGGGGGCCGAGGGCCGGUAGGAGGACCCUGGGGCGCCGUGGGGCGCUGGUCGGAUCCGUCUGCUCUGCUGUGUCCCCGCUCCCGGUCUGGGAAAGAUGCUCGCCAACUCCGGACUUGCUGUUUGGUCCGAGGUGGAGACGGGGGCAGUCCUGGGGUCCAGGGACGCGGCGGGCGUGCAGGCGAGCUGCCCGGCUGAGCGGGCUUCGCGCACACCAGGAGCAGGGCUGCGUCUACAUCCCCAGCUUGAAGCCCCAGUGCCACUGUGCAAGUACAGACCCUCCACGUCCUUGGACGAGAGGGACUGGAUACUGCGACGCUAGGACCGCAGAAAAGGACUCGACCAGCCAGGCCUCCUUCGCCCGCCCCGUGCCAGGUUUUAGAGAGAGCGUUUUCGCUACGUAAAGUACAUUCAAUAAAGGAUAUGGAAAAUACUUUGCAGCUGGUGAGAAAUAUUAUCCCUCCUCUGUCUUCCACAAAGCACAAAGGACAAGAUGGAAGAAUAGGCGUAGUUGGAGGCUGUCAGGAAAGCCUGCGGUCAGCUCCUUACCUUGAACAUUCACAUUGCAGAGAGACUGCAGGCAUUACGUACACUGGAGCCCCAUAUUUUGCAGCAAUCUCAGCUCUCAAAGUGGGCGCAGAUUUGUCCCACGUGUUCUGCGCCAGUGCGGCCGCGCCUGUGAUUAAGGCCUACAGCCCGGAGCUGAUCGUCCACCCAGUUCUGUUUGCAGAAGGUGGAAACGAAGGGCCGCUGAGCAGUAACAAGACCUUUCGUGCACUCAGCAGCGACAGCCCCAGUGCUGUUGAUGAGGUGGAGAAGUGGCUCCCCCGGCUGCACGCUCUUGUCGUAGGACCUGGCUUGGGUAGAGAUGAUGUGCUUCUCAGAAAUGUCCAGGGCAUUUUGGAAGCAUCAAAGGCCAGGGACAUCCCUGUCGUCAUUGACGCGGACGGCCUGUGGCUGGUCGCUCAGCAGCCAGCCCUCAUCCAAGGCUACCAGAAGGCGGUCCUCACCCCCAACCACAUGGAGUUCAGCAGACUGUAUGAUGCUGUGCUCAGAGGCCCUGUGGACAGCGAUGACCGCCAUGGAUCUGUGCUGAGACUCAGCCAGGCCCUGGGCAAUGUGACGGUGGUCCAGAAAGGAGAGCGCGACAUCCUCUCCAAUGGCCAGCAGGUGCUUGUGUGCAGCCAGGAAGGCAGCAGCCGCAGGUGUGGAGGGCAAGGAGACCUCCUGUCGGGCUCCCUGGGUGUCCUGGUACACUGGGCGCUCCUUGCUGGACCGGAGAAAACAAAUGGGUCCAGCCCUCUCCUGGUGGCUGCAUUCGGCGCCUGCUCUCUCACCAGGCAGUGCAACCACCAAGCCUUCCAGAAGCACGGUCGCUCCACCACCACCUCCGACAUGAUCGCCGAGGUGGGGGCCGCCUUCCGCAAGCUCUUCGAAACCUGAGCCCACGCAGACCAGAAGGAAGCAGGCACCUCGGACGGGGGAGAGCGUGUGUGUGAUGGGAAAAUCCAGAGCCACGUGUGUGCUGAAGGCGCACAGUGCUUGCCAGAGUUUCAACUCGAGCAUAAAUUGGUUGCUGUUGAGAAUUUAAGAAUUUGGAAUAUUGCAGUUUUGGGCUAAACUUAAUGCGUGGUUGGAGAUGUUAUGGUGACACUAAACAAAGUAUUCCUGAACUCUCCUUAGCUCCGUGGUAGUAACUGAGAAGACAAAUGAAGAAAAUCACGUGAGAAUGAAGAAUUCUUUAGCAGCUCAACGUGCUAGAGAAUUCUUUAUUUCUCGAACGUGCUCCCAAAUCAGCGAAGUUUCUACUUGUUUCUCUCUCUGCCAACGCCCUUCAUUUCUCUCCUGCUUCCCUCCCCUAGUCUUUCCUCCGGCAGGGAGCCGGGCACAGGUCCCCGGGUGUCUCCGAGUCCUGACUGCACUGACUGCGUCUCCUCUGACUGGCCCAUCAGAGGGCUCUUCGUUCUCCAGCUCGUCGUCUUUUCAAGUGGUGAUUAGCGUGGUGGUAUCUGGCUGCUGGUAUUUGGUUGGCUUAUUGACAUCCUCCAGGGUAAUCAGUGAUCACUUUGUUUGGAAACCGUUUUGGAGGCACCAUGGGAACAGAAGGAAACAUGAGUGACGCUGACCCUUGAGUGGGUGGGCGGGGAGCUUAGAUGCCUCCUCUCCCACGCUCUCCAGUGUCCAUGUCUGCACAGAGGUCCCCAUGACACCCACCAGCCCCAGCAGAGCAGACUUGACCGGGGACGGGCACCAUGGAGGGCUGCAGCCUGGAAUCUGACAUGGCCCCUAGCGCUGUCUCAGGAGAAGGCUCUGGAGGACUUGGGGCAUGCUGGGCCUGGUGCAGCGAUGGCACUAAGGAGACCCGGGGAGAGACAGUGUCGUGGUCCUGUGUGCUUAGGAAGCAGCGCGGCCGUGUCCUCAGGGAUGUUUGCGUCCAGUAAAGACAGUAGUAACUGCACUUCAGCUAAUACGCUUCAUGGCAGUGUCGACCUCGGGUUAGCUUCUGUUGUCUGUAUGGGUGGUUUUCCUGGCGCGGCCUGACAUUGACAUGUUCUCUGGUCCCAUGUCUUAGUGGGGCUUGGUACAGUUUUGUGCCUGACGCGUGCAUUAGGGUGUUCUCUUAUACUUUCUGGAACGCCUUUCCACUGCAAGGGCCAAACCCUCCUGGUUCCCUUCAGAGUCUUUUUGGCCUGAUGAUGACUCUUGAGUGAUACCCUGCGAUGUAGGCACGCCCCAAAUGGAUUCUACUUUCUUUAAAACUAGGAACUUUGAAGAUUAAAAAAUAGAUUGUCACUACUAAUCUGACACCUCACUUAAGAAGCUUCACGUCUAAUGUGAACUUUUCCAGAAAAACUGUGCUAUGGACAUUUUUCCUUUGGGGAAUUAACAUCCAGAUUCUGGUAACUAUUAAAAGACAGAUCUGGUUAAUUUAAA